CAAUGCGCCUCGGACUAUGCAAGGAUAAAGUUUUAACUGUCAGUUACAGGACAUAAAGGCACCAUCAUCGUCGUACAAGCAGGUAACUACGUAAACAUACCAGCUAUAGGGGUCACCUGAAAGAGCAAACAACUCUCCGUCCCCUGAUUUCUUUAGCAGAGGUUUAAGCAGAUUUGUAACAACAGUUUGCGGAAGAACACAGGUCAUGACCUAUCACGUUUGAGGACAUUUGUUCGCAGCACUGAUGGACGGAAGACAUGACCCUUCUUGUAGCAGAGCAGGCCGUGCGAGUUUAAGAAAACAACUCAGGUUUGCAGCAGUGGCAACGGAAGAGGAGCUUCGUGACCGCCUGCAAGACUUUAUCAGCUAUCACCGAAAAUUCUGGAAAAACCUCUGCUCUGAAGCAACUACCCCCCCGCCCCCAGAGCUAGAUUGUGUAAGACUGUGCAACUUACACAAUUUGUGCAGGAUGGUGAUCAGUGCUGAUCUGCAGCUUUAGUGGUGCGUCGCUGCCCAGGCCGGCACCAUGCAGCAGAAAGGUGCGAUCCAGAUUAUCGAAUGGGAGGACCUGGACAAGAGGAAGUUCUACUCCCUGGGUGUCUUCAUGACCUUGACCACCAGGGCCACCGUCUACCCAGCCAGCGUCAUCCGCACCCGCCUGCAAGUACAGAAGGGGAAGAGCCUCUACUCAGGGACCUUGGAUGCCUUCUGCAAGAUUCUCCGAACGGAGGGUGUGCGCGGCCUUUAUCGUGGCUUCAUGGUCAAUACGCUCACCCUGAUCGCGGGACAGGGUUACAUCACCACCUACGAGCUGGUGCGCAAGUAUGUGAACCAGUACUCGCCCAGCAACACAGUGAAGUCUGUGGUGGCAGGAGGGAUGGCGUCCCUGGUGGCUCAGACCAUCACCGUGCCCAUAGACAUAGUGUCACAGCAUCUGAUGAUGCAAGGACAAGGGGAGCACCUGACACGCUUCAAGGCCAAACCCAAAGUGGGUCUUGCAACCACGAAGCACAAACUGAUUUUCGGACAGACCCGUGACAUUACGGUGCAGAUAUUUUCUGCCGAUGGCUUCAGAGGAUUUUACCGGGGCUACGUGGCAUCGCUGCUCACGUACAUCCCGAACAGUGCACUCUGGUGGCCUUUUUAUCAUUUUUAUGCAGAGCAGUUAUCCCUAUUAGCACCAAGUGAGUGCCCCCAUCUGAUUCUGCAGGCUGUUGCAGGACCGAUGGCAGCAGCAACCGCCUCUACUAUCACCAACCCCAUGGAUGUUGUUCGUGCAAGAGUCCAGGUGGAGGGACGAACGUCUGUUAUUGGGACAUUCAAGCAGCUGCUGGUGGAGGAGGGGGCGUACGGGCUGACCAAGGGGCUGUCGGCCCGCGUCAUUUCCUCCACGCCCACGUCAGUGCUCAUUGUGGUCGGAUACGAGACUCUGAAGAGACUGAGCCUGCGAGCUGACCUGAUCGAGUCCAGACACUGGUGAUAACAGACAGGAGGGAAGCAGAUUCGCUUUGCAGCAGCCUUCAGCUCAGAGAUUUGAACAGGCGCCACAUGGAGCCGCGUCAUUUUAAAAGCGAUGUUUGUCUGUAGGUACGCUAGGGAACUACAGCUUUUCUUAUCUUGUCUUUUUUUCUGUUUGCUGCUGCGGAACGUAAAGUGAAAAGUGAAACCAAUAUUUCUGCCAAAACUAAACUCUUUUCAAAAAGGAAAUCAUGGUUACUUUUAGAAAAUCCACUGAAACGUGAAAAUGCUACAUUUGAUUGCUCCUAUAUGGCAUGUCUUUGUUUUUUAUGAUUACAUAUGCAGAAAAAUCAGGGUUUUUACUUGUUCUUUAGCUGGAGUAUGUUGGCUGAAUUCAUAUUUUAAAACUGAGCUGCUCAACAAAACAAAUAUAUUUCUGCAGGGGGAUUUCAGUGUGCCAAAGUCUGGAGACAAAUGGCCUAGUUUCUCUACUAAAAAGCGUAAGAGAGCUUGUUACCAGAGCGCAUUCCAGUGACAACAACAGUGUAAAGGAUCUCUACGGAGUUUAAGCCUAAAUAACAUGCAAAUGUCAUUAGAUUAUACACAAGAGUGGAAAUUCAAACUAGAAUUCCCAAACUAUAAUGUGCUCAGUGUUCUGUUACAGUUAUAUUUAUGUCUAGAGGUCCUUGUGAAACCUGGCCUAUUAUAAUUAUGUGCAGCUUACUUUUAACUCCUUUCAGUAAGCUGACAUUUAUGUGCCGGCGGUCUGUGGAGUCGGUUGUGCAGGUUUCAUUGUGAAUUUUAUGUGUGUUUAUGUUGAUUGGGCCAAUCAGGAAGGUGAAAAGAGUUUCUGCUUUUUGUUUUUGGUUUCUUGUAGGUUGACUCUAGGAAGCAAAAGUGGGUGUGAGGAGAGCUUUAGACCAACAUUAGAGAUGGAAAUCUGGUAGUUUCUUUGUGGUAAUCCUGUAUGUGAUUUAUACGGAACAAAUCUGCUGCUGUUCAGUUACAGAAGGUGGCAUUUUGCUGUUUGGUAAAUGAGAGCAGUCAGUAAAGGCAUUGGCACCACACCAGCAAACAAAAACUAAACUAUGUAAAUGCCUUCAGAGUUCACAGGUCAUUUAAUGAGUGUGAGGUAAGCUGAGAUGCUCCGAUUAAAGCUGCCAUGUUUUGAAUUGACUUAAUUACUGCCCAAAAACCUCCACGUCUCAGCAACACCUGAUACUGUGUACCCUUAUUUUAUUUUUUAAAAUAAACUCUUUCAGCAUUUGCAAACAUUGUUUUUCAGUGUAAAUAUGGUGUUCCUGUGAAUAAUUGGACUUAACAUGUCCUUCAGUAUCACAAAAGCACAUAAAGUGGACUUUUACCUGUAUGGAAGAUAUUUACCUUCUACCUGCCAAAUAUGAACAGUAAAAAAAACUUUGAGUACCUGUGGACAUUUGGUGAAAAGUAAUAAAGGACUUGGAUUCACCAGAGUGGCUGGUGAGGCUC